CAGGGGGAGAUGGUGAUCCUCCCCGGCGGGGGCGGCCAUUUUGGCGUGAUGCCCAACCAUGUCCCGACCAUCGCCGAGCUCAAGCCGGGCGUGGUGUCGGUUCAGGAGGCGGCGGGCGGGCCACUGACCAAGUACUUUGUCUCUGGCGGCUUCGCCUCCAUCGGGGAGGACUCCAAGCUUGCCGUGUCGACGCUGAUGGCGGCGCCGCUCGAGGAGCUCGACGCGGACGCAAUCAAGACGGGCCUGGCGCAGUACCAGGCGGCAUACGAAAAGGCGCGCCGCGCCCCAGGGUUGAGCAGGGGCCCCUCUCGGAACCUGCGGGGAGCUGCCUCGGAGCUUUCUUGGAACCUUCGGAGCCGUCUCGGAACCUCCCGAGACCCACCCGAGCCCCUCCCGAGCCCCUCUGAUACCCGCCCGAGACCCGCCCGAGACCCGCCCGAGACCCGCCCGAGGCCUUUCCCCAGGCGACCGACGACAUGGUCAAGUCCGAGGCGGAGAUCGGCGUCGAGGUCUACCAGGCGAUGUCGUACGCCAUCUCCGAGGCGUGAGCAGCGGCGCGGAGUGGCGUGUGUGAGAGGGCCGGGGGGUGUUUAG